CGCAGAUGUAUCGGUCAGCUAAAGCCGUUGAGGUUAAAGAAUCAUUAAAAUCAUCUUUAAUUAAAGCUACCAAAGUCGAAAAUAUGGUGCAAGUGAUUUACAAAUUAUAAAUGACGUGGUACUCUGGAAGUACGUGCUUACGUAGAAAAAUUUUACAAUAUUUUACAAAUACUCGCGCAAUGUCGAAACAGGGAUCAAAGAAAGCUGGAAAAAAUCAAAAAGCGGCGAUUAAGGAGGAACUUAAGGGACCGAUAAGCGUAGAUAAAGACGGAAACGUUACUAUAAAAAUACAAGCAAAACCCGGAGCGAAACAUAACAAUGUAACAGAUAUUUCUGACGAUGCGGUGGGCGUCGCAAUAUCCGCACCUCCGGUCGAAGGUGAAGCAAAUACGGAACUCGUGAAAUACUUAGCUUGUAUAUUGGGAAUGAGAAAGUCUGACGUUUCGUUAAACAGAGGUUCGAAAAGCCGACAAAAAGUUGUAGUAGUGUCUGGGACCACGGUGGAAAAAGUUUUAGAAAAAUUAAAGGAAGAAAUGGGAACUUGA